AAUUUAAACACACACACAUCUGUCAUAUCUCAUAUGUCAUUUUGCGAAAGCCGCGAUUUGUAUGAAUUUUUUUUUUCUAUUUUGGAGAUUCAAUUUGUUUAAAUAAUUCAACAAUUCAUCCAGAACAAAUUACAACUUAUUUUGCAAAAUGUCUGGAAUUCUCGGACGUACCCAGUUUCUGGGUGAAACUUCAAAUCUUUUCACAGACGAACGAACAGCCACAGCUCGAUCCAGGGUUGUUGAAUGGUUUAAUGAAAUGAUGGUUGCCGAGCCUAGUACAAAAUGUGAACUACUUGCAAAAAUACAAGAAAUUAUACUAGGCACCUGUCCCGAAUUGAUAGAAGAGUUCCUCGAACACAUUCUAUCUUUUGCUCACGAUGCCCACACUGAUGUUCGAAAACAAAUAAUAGGCUUCAUGGAACAGAUAUGCAAACUUAAACCGGAAUUCAUGCCGCAAAUCGUGAAUGUCAUAUCGAUGCUUCUUCGUGACUCGUCAGCCCAAGUUAUUAAACGUGUUAUCCAGGCAUGUGGUUCAGUUUAUAAAAACGGUUUGCAGUGGAUCUGCACUCGAGCUGAAAUCACGGACAGCACCGAACAAGCUUGGAAUGUUUUGAGUCUGGUGAAAGCACAAAUUCUUGAUAUGAUAGACAACGAUAAUGAUGGAAUUCGAACAAAUGCUCUCAAAUUUCUGGAAGGAGUUGUAAUACUUCAGACUUAUCCAGAUGAAGACAGCCAAAAAAGAGAAAACGACUUUUCUCUUGAAGAUAUUCCGCUUACAUUGAAAAUUAUGAGGCGCAGGAAACUUGAAGAGGAGGCCAUGAAUAUCUUUGAUAUUUUGCUUAAAUUCCAUGCUGCAACACAUGUUUCGUCUGUUAAUUUGAUAGCAUGUACAGGUAGUUUAAGUACUAUUGCCAAAAUGAGACCAUGUCUCAUGAGUCCUGUUGUUGAAGCGUUUAAAAGCUUGAGCACUAAUCUACCGCCCACUCUCACAGAUUCCCAAGUCAGCUCGGUUCGCAAAAGUUUAAAAAUGCAAUUAAUUGGAUUAUUGAAGAAUAGAGGAUCAUUCGAAUUCCAAAAUUCAAUUAAGCGAAUGUUGCUAGAUUUGGGUGCUUCCCAAUCAGAAAUAAGUCGUGCAACACCAAAGAUGGACAAACAAGAAGUGACUUUGCGUCAAAAACGAAUUGUGGAAAACGCUGCCCACAGUAUGAGUAAAAAAAUGCGGCUAGAUAAGGAUGAGACUAGCGGUGUCGUAGUGGCAGAUGAUAUCAUGGAAGUAGACAUUGAUGCACUGGAAAAGAAUAUAGAAAGAUCAAAUAAAAUCAAUGAGAAAUUCAUUGCAGAAAAUAUAAGAAAUCCCGAGACUGCGGUAAGUUUAGUACUAACUUAUAUGAAACAUCUGCCUAAUGAAGUGCCAGACAUAUUCUUCGAGGAGUAUGUGCCUAUAAAGGAUACACCAUUACCUGUUCAAAUAACGAAAAUUGCCUCUUUGCUCAGUGCGCAAAUGACCGAAAAAAGAAUCGGUCCAGGUGCUGCAGCUUUUCCAAAAGAACCCGAAACCAACGACGUAGAAAUGAUAGAAUCAACUGCUGAUAUGGAUGAGCAACAGCGCAAAGAGGAAGCAACCAAAAAAUUACGUGAGAAUAUGGAAAGGGUGAAAGGGGAACAAGCUUUGCUAGAGCACAUGAAGCAGAGAGCUAAGACACUUAAGUUGCAAGAGGUUACAAAGCCAUUCCCUAGAGCCACCAAAGCAAAGUUUCUCGUAGAUGCUGUCAAAAGGAUUUUGAGUGCAGAACGUCAAUGUAUUGUAGGAGGUGUUUCGGUCAAGCGACGUAAGAUCCUUACUGUGAUGGCUGCUACUUUCCCUGACAGUGUCAGACUUAUUAUUUUUGAUUUUAUCAUGAUGGAUAUCAAAGGACGUAUAGAUUUGGCAUUUUCUUGGUUAUACGAGGAAUACUGCCUACUGCAAGGCUUCACCAGGCAUUCAUAUGUAAAAUCUGAACAUCGCCCAGAUUAUGCUUACAAUGAUCUUCUCAAUCAAAUCAUAAAUGGAAUUUGUACAAAAUGUGACUUCAAAGACAAAUUAAUUCUCUUGCGAAGAGUUUAUCUGGAGGCGCCUCUACUGUCCGAUGAAUCAGUUACUCAUUUGGUUCAAAUGUGCCUUAAUGAUGACACAUGUAAUUAUUGCGUUGAUUUAAUAAAGGAUUUAGCAAUACUAAGACCUCCAAGGAAGCUUCGUUUUGUUCGGAUUCUAUUAAAUUUUUGUGUGCACGAUAAAAUGGAAUUACGGGAACGAGCCCUUGACCAUGUACGCAUUUUGUUCGCAGAACAUAAAGUGCUUCCAGUUAAAAUUGAAGAAUUCGCUAUACAAUGGAUUAAUUAUCUUGUGAAAGAAACACCACCAGCCGAAGUUUUUGGUGCAGAUUAUGGACGCGAUAUAGUUGAGAUUGCUUGGAAAGAGGAUCUUGCGAAAAUUUGCCUGGGCCCAAUCUUAAUUUUGCUGCCGCAUUCAGAAAAUCUAAUUGAAGAACUUUGUGCCGUAUAUACAAAAACUUCACCUGAUCUUAAACGUACUGUUUUACGUUCUAUUGAAGUGCCAAUAAAAAAACUUGGUGUUGAGAAUUCGACGCUUCUUAAAUUGAUCGAGGACUGCCCCAAAGGAGUUGAAACGCUAGUAACAAGGAUAAUUUACAUUCUUUCGGAAAGCACCGUACCCACAUCAAAUCUAGUUAAGAAAGUGCGAGAUCUUUAUCAAACUAAAGUUAAUGAUGUUCGUCUGUUAAUUCCUGUUCUUAGUGGUUUAACAAAGACUGAGAUUUUAACUGCACUUCCAAAACUUUUAAAACUUAAUCCAAUUGUAGUGAAGGAAGUUUUCAAUAGACUUUUGGCAAUUGGUACUGAAUAUGCCAGUCAAAAAAUGCCAAUAUCACCAAGCGAAAUAUUAGUUUCGCUUCACACGCUCGACCAAAAUAAAUGUGAGCUUAAAUAUGUUGUCAAAGCCACGUCUUUGUGCUUAGCCGAAAAAGAAGUCUAUACACAGGACAUACUUGGCGCUUGCUUGCAACAGUUGGUUGAUAUCGUCCCGAUCCCUACACUCUUUAUGCGAACAGUCAUUCAAAGCUUGGCUCUUUAUCCAAGACUUUCUAAUUUCAUUAUUGGACUGCUGCAAAGAUUGAUUUUGAAACAAGUUUGGAAGCAAAAACUUAUUUGGGAAGGUUUUUUGAAAUGCUGCCAACGAUUGAAGCCGCAGUCAUCAUCAGUUCUCAUACAAUUGCCAUUGCCACAGUUGCAAGAUGCUCUCAAUCAGUGUCCGGAUCUUCGUGCGCCUCUUCUAGAAUAUGCAGAGUCUGUUGAAGAAAAUCAAGCAGGAAUUAUAUCGCAACAAACAAUGGAUAUUCUGACUGGAAAUGCUUUGGAUGUCAUUAUAACUGAUGAUUCUGGUGGAUUUAUGAUGUUAGAAAAUAUCAAGGUCGAGAAGGAGGAUCCCGUCCCCGUAGAGCCUUUUGUACCAGAUCAUAGCCAACCUCUUCCCCCGGGAGAGGACUAAGAUGUUUUUAAGUUAAAUGUGAAAUAAAAUAGCUCAAAAAACAAUAAAAAUAGGUAGACAUCGGAGCAAUAAACUUGAAGUAAAUGUAAAGUUUAAAAACUUUGUAUUAAAGUAUAAUAUUUAAACUAACAUCAGAUUAUUUCUAAAAAUACACAAAUGUUAUGGACACUAGGGUGGACCAACAAA